GGUGACAUUCAAGAGUAAAGGCACUUGGUCACAUUAUUGUCAUUUACACAUAGAGCACUUUAACGUGGUGUAUAUAUCAACAUUUUUUUAACACUAAAAUGUCAAAUAUGUAUCUUUCAGAAGAAAAUGUGUUACAAGAAGUUAUAAAACUUGAUUGUGUUAAAAAAAUGAAAGUGUCUAUCCACAGUUCAGUAAAGUAUGGAGCAUUAGUUGGAGUAGCAACAGCUGCGUCUGGUAUUCUUGGUGGACCUAUAGGGCUUGCAAUUGGUGGAGCAGUUAGCAGUUGUUUGGCAGGAUAUGCAACACAUGGACAAUAUAAAUCAGUUCCAUAUAUCCUUCUUUAUGAAACAACUUCUGAAGCAUGGAAGAAAUUGUCCAAAGCAAUCUUAAAAUUUCUUAAUACAAAAAAUAUUAUACGAGUCCGUGAGUUUUUAUUUUCAACACGAACUAGUGAACAGUUAGUACAAGAAAUUGUACAACUAAUAGCAAUGUUCCUAACACUUGAAAUGGGUUGCAAAGUAACAGUCUAA